AUGGUACUCUUGUGUGUGAAGUUCGCUCUUUGUGUUAUCCUAGCAUUCGAAACUCUAAUUGGCUGCGAUGCUCAGUUUGCUAUGCGAAGAAGAGAGGAAAUGAUGUCACCAUUGCCGUUCCCCACCUGCAGAGCAGACAACAUCGACUGUCUACGGCGCGGCUUAAGAACAUUUAUGUUUCUUAUGAAUACUAACCAUUUCGGCAUGAAAUCGGUUGACCCGGCGAUAAUAGAUAGUGUAGCGCUAGCACUACCCGAACAGCAAAUGUCAUUUUUCCUGAGAAGGGUCAACGCGACCGGCGUCAAUUGGACGAAACUUGUCGAAAGGAGAUUUAAUUUAGAAGGCGGAAGAAGUGGGGUUUUAUUUAAUAGUGAUUUACAUGUGACUGCUCAGUUAACUAUGGAGCAUGCGAGCAGAUUCGUACCUCAAACAGUACUUAUAACAAUGGACAUUCAGUCCGUCGAGAGCAACAUUACAUACCCUUGGAGUAUUCAACAGGGCAUCGAUAAUGAAGAUUAUAUUGUAAUUGGUCCAGAGAGAAUAGCGGUCAGGAAUAAGCGAACACCGUCGUUUUUUUUACAACCAAUUACAAAAGAUUCAGUAAUGCUUGAUCAAGUUCUUCAAAUGAGACCAUCAAUACUAGAACAUUUCUCCAAUGAAAUAACUACAGUAUUAAUGCAAACCAUUGUAGAAAACUUCAGAAAAUUUGCUUCAAUGGUACCAAUAAGAUAUUACUAUCAAUACUAUGUGGAUGACUUAAUGUAA